AGCAAUUGAGUUCUGAACUUCUGAGUCUUUAGUAAGAGUGCUUUUAUCACCACCUGGGAGUUUUAAUCGCAUCUCAAGAAUCAUUCGAAAAUUAUUUCCUGUAGAAGAUCUCUACAUACAGCUUUUUCUGUGUUCAUCCUAAAGCCAGCUGCAUCAUAUUUGGCUUCUACAUACAUACCUUUUAAAAGAUAUUAAUGAAUCAGCACCAUGCUGGUCGGAGGCCACGGAUACAGCAAUCCUAACGCGAGCUGGCUGGACAAUCGAGGACUGUGGUUAAGCUACGGAAUCAGCUUUCUAGUGCUGCACCUCUCUCUGCUCAGCAUUCCAUUUAUUUCCACGUCUACCGCGUGGACCUUGACAAACCUCAUCCACAGCCUGUUCCACUUAGUAUUCCUGCAUAUUUUGAAAGGCAGCAUAUGGGACACACAAGAUCAGGGGAGGAGCCGCGAGCUCACUCAGUGGGAGCAAAUAGACAGCGGAGUUCAAUUCACAUCAACAAGGAAGUUCUUCACAGCAGCUCCAGUCAUUAUGUUCCUACUGACCACCUUCUACACAAAGUACGACAACGUCCACUUCAUCAUUAACUUUGUGUCGCUGUUGAUCGUUCUGUUGCCAAAAUUGCCCCAGUUUCACGAAGUGAGAUUGUUCGGCAUUAAUCGCUAUUAGUCUCCAGCACUGUUAUUUUUUUCUGGGAUUAUUUCUCAUUAAACUUAGUUCAAACAAAGCACUCAAUUUCUGUCGUGAUUGAGUGCAUUUGCUUUUUAACCCGUGGCAGUGAGUGUGAAUCCAAACUCAAUCCAAAUUCGUUCAAAAACACCUGAUAUCCCCAUUAGUCACGGCUCAAAUUAGUUUUGACUCUCUCUCUCUCUGAUAACAAUAUCUUUGUUUUCAUGAUUUGGGUUGGUUGGAAUCACAAGUAGUCCCAUUACCGUUGGCAGCUAUUACAGGACUAAUUGUAAGUCUGAUUCAGAUUGUAUUGCAUGCCGUUCACUUGCAGUAAAAUGAAAACUAUUUUUAAUAUACGCGUGCUGAAAUUUAUCACAAGUAUAAACCCUGUGAUUUGUCAAUCAUACAAUGACAUAAAUUGGAAUCGAGUUAAACUAAUCAUCUCUUGUGCUUGUGACUUAAAAAUGUGUUGAGCUAUUUUGCUAAUUAUACUCAAUUAACCAAUAAACAAAUGUUCAAACAAA